AUGACUAAUGAUGAACUUGUAGUUGGUGCGGUUUUCAAACAUUCACCUGCAUACGAAGAGAACAAUAUUUAUUCUGAUGGUACUCCUAUCAACAAUUCUAUUAAGGAAAAGAGUGUUUCUGUUGAAGGUGACAAUAUUAAUGGUGUUGAUCUUGAUGCGGUGACACCGACAACUACUUCACUGAAACGCCCUAUUGAGAUUGUUAUCACCACUGAAUCGUUUGAAUGGUCUUCCUCAAAAGAUGGUGUUGCUCCUAAUACCCUUAAGAUUCCAAAAAUAGAAAAACUCGAAUAA